AAUCAAGAUCCAGAUGUCCAGGGCACUUUGACGAUUAGGGACCGCAGGCUGGGGGAAGAGGGGGCCCCUCCCCGGGCGUAUCUGUCUGCCUCUCUCACACACGCUGCGGUCCCUGGGGCAGGCUGCGUGCCCCUCCUUUGGUGCCCCCCCACCCCGAAUCAGAGCCUGCUGUGCCUGCAGGAGGUGGGGAGGGAGGCUGUGCUUGUGCGUGACUGACAGCAGACGGGACUUCCUGCAGGGGAGCUGCUGCAGCGCUUUGUAGGCGAGCUCGCCGGGGUUGGGGGGCAGGGCGGUGAAGGGGAACCCUCCGCUGGAGACCUGCCAGUGCCGCCGAGGAAGAGGAAGGGGAGCAGCAGCCAGGGAAGGAGGCGGCGGCUGCACUGCAGAAUAGCGGGAGCCCUCACCCCCCUGCGUAAGGGAAGAGAGAGAAGAGCCGCUGCUGUCACUGCUCCAGCCACUCAGCCUGAAGAUGGCUGCUUCUUCCUCCUGCAAUGUGGAAGAAGAUGAGAGUCUGAAGGGAUGUGAGCUCUAUGUUCAGAAGCAUAACAUCCAACAGAUUUUGAAAGAGUGCAUUGUAAACCUUUGCAUCGCAAAACCAGACCGGCCAAUGAAGUUCCUCAGAGAACAUUUUGAAAAAUUAGAAAAGGAAGAAUGCAAACAAAUAUUGGCUCGGCAGAAAUCUAAUUCCCAGUCAGAUUCUCAUGAUGAUGAGAUUUCUCCUCCUCCUCCAAACCCGGUGGUGAAAGCGCGACGCAGACGGGGAGGUGUCAGUGCUGAGGUGUACACUGAGGAAGAUGCUGUUUCUUAUGUUAGAAAGGUUAUUCCGAAGGACUAUAAAACAAUGACUGCUCUGGCAAAAGCCAUCUCCAAGAAUGUGCUCUUUGCUCACCUUGAUGACAAUGAGAGAAGUGACAUAUUCGAUGCCAUGUUCCCCGUUAUGCACAUUGCUGGAGAAACGGUCAUACAGCAGGGUGACGAAGGAGACAACUUCUAUGUAAUUGAUCAAGGAGAAGUGGAUGUUUAUGUAAAUGGAGAAUGGGUUACCAGCAUUGGAGAAGGAGGCAGCUUUGGGGAGCUUGCCUUGAUCUAUGGAACACCAAGAGCUGCCACUGUCAAGGCCAAGACAGACCUCAAACUUUGGGGCAUCGACAGGGACAGCUACAGACGCAUUUUAAUGGGCAGCACACUGAGAAAGCGAAAGAUGUAUGAAGAAUUCCUGAGCAAGGUCUCCAUUUUAGAAUCAUUGGACAAAUGGGAACGCCUUACAGUAGCGGAUGCAUUAGAACCUGUCCAGUUUGAAGAUGGAGAAAAAAUCGUUGUGCAGGGAGAGCCAGGGGAUGACUUUUUCAUCAUCACAGAAGGCACAGCUUCUGUUCUUCAGCGCAGAUCUGAUAAUGAGGAGUAUGUAGAAGUUGGAAGACUUGGUCCAUCGGAUUAUUUUGGUGAGAUAGCACUGUUGCUCAAUCGUCCCAGGGCAGCCACUGUAGUGGCACGUGGGCCACUGAAGUGUGUAAAGCUGGAUCGUCCUCGCUUUGAACGAGUGCUUGGUCCUUGUUCUGAAAUCCUGAAGAGAAACAUUCAGAGAUACAACAGUUUCAUUUCUCUUACCGUCUAAGCUAUUCCAUUGGGAAUGCUGCCUUUGUGUGACCCUGUGCACUUAAAUUUGACCUGUGCAGCUCAAUAGCUUUAUGAAGAGAAAAAAAGUGUGCAUUUAAUGUGUCUUUUUCUGUCUAUGUCUGAUGCACUGGAUAUAAAGUCAGAUGUUGUGUAUCAUUAAAGUAGGACGAAAACCAUUUG